GGAGUGCUGUCAAGUUACGUAAAACAGAGUUUUCGUAGGUUACGUCUUUUGUCAGCAAAGACGAUCCAAAAAUAAUUUUUAAAAUUUAACCUUUCCGAAGGUUUUAAAACGUUUAUAAAAAUGUCUCUAAUAACCAGAAAUGUGUUUCGUACAUUAGUGCAGGGUUCUCAACACGUUAGCAAGGGCCUCCACACCACAACAGUAAAUGCUGACAAAAACGUAUGUUUCGCGCCCCUAUCAAUCCUGCAAGCUGGCAAGGAAGGUCGUAUCAAGUGCACCCUGAUCCCCGGCGAUGGAGUCGGCCCAGAAUUGGUGUACUCCGUUCAGGAGGUUUUUAAGGCAGCCGGCAUCCCUGUGGACUUUGAAUCAUUCUUCUUUUCGGAAGUGAACCCAACAUUGAGCGCCCCUCUUGAAGAUGUUGUCAACUCUAUUGCUAAGAACAAGAUUUGUAUCAAGGGUAUCCUCGCUACCCCAGAUUUCUCUCACACUGGAGAACUCCAAACGCUCAACAUGAAACUGCGUAACGCACUAGACCUGUACGCUAACGUUGUCCACGUGAAGUCACUACCCAAUGUGAACUGCAGGCACAAGGACGUGGACUGCAUCAUCAUCAGGGAGCAGACGGAGGGGGAGUAUUCUGCGUUGGAGCAUGAGUCUGUGCCUGGUGUCGUGGAGUGCUUGAAGAUCAUCACAGCUGCGAAGUCCGAGCGUAUCGCGAAGUUCGCGUUUGACUAUGCUGUGAAGAUGGGCCGAAAGAAGGUCACCGCUGUGCACAAGGCGAACAUUAUGAAACUGGGCGAUGGACUGUUCUUGCGUAGUUGUGAAGAGAUCGCAAAACUCUACCCGCGCAUCCAAUUCGAGAAGAUGAUCGUCGACAACUGCACCAUGCAAAUGGUGUCCAACCCGAACCAAUUUGAUGUUAUGGUCACACCGAAUUUAUAUGGCAACAUUGUUGAUAACCUCGCGUCUGGGCUAGUGGGUGGAGCCGGUGUAGUAGCUGGCGCUAGUUAUAGCUCCGAGUGUGCGGUAUUUGAACAGGGCGCGAGGCACAUCUUCUCAGGCGCGGUGGGCAAGAACAUCGCCAACCCGACCGCCAUGUUGUUGUGUUCAGCCAAUUUACUGGCCCACGUCAAUCUGCAUUCAUACUCGAAAAUGAUCAAGGGCGCUAUUAACAAGGUAUUAUCGGACGGUAAAGUGAGGACCAAGGAUCUUGGAGGCCAGUCUACCACCAAAGCGUUCACAAACGCUAUCAUUCACUGCCUCACAUAAAUUAUGUUCACUAAUAUGAAAUAACCAAUAGAUUUCAAUUUAUUUAUAUCCACUAAUUUCAUAUUAUUUUAUGUCUAUAGCAAGGAAUUAAAAAAUAAAAUCAUGUUUUUUUUUGACAUAUUUGCGAUAUGAAUUAGACAUAUUUUUAAUUUAUUUUAAAAUAAUUUGUGAUAUUAAAAAGCCCAUUUAAACUAUGUAUCAUUGAUAUAAUUUAUAUUCAUUUAUUUUAGAAAUAAGUAAUCGUAAAAAAGCCUAUUCCUAUUGGUUAUUUCAAUAAAAGUUGUUGGGUUGCCAACAAUUAGUCUAAGAAUAAUUUAUUUUAAUUUAUUCCUAAGAUCUGUGGACGUAGAUGCAGUAUUAAAUCAAUUGUUACCAGUGUAAAUAAAAUUUGCCAAAAUA